AGGUCGGGUAUCAAGUCAACACUUCAAGUUGAGUUUGGGUUGGGUCGUUUUGGGUUGGGUCAAUUUUCAGGUGCAAUUGUUGGGUCAAGUUCAGGUCUAACAGUUCAGGUCAGGUUAAUUGCCAGCUCCAUUUUAGUUUUUAACUAGACAUCACGACAACAUUUAUGUCAAUGCGGUAAUUAAGCCCUACAUCAAUUAGGUCAUUUUGGGUAUCAAUUAUUUUUGAUUUGGGUCAUUUUGAGUUUAAGGUAAUUAUUGUUCGAGUCACUUCGGGUACGAGGUCUGUUCGGGUCAAUCAAUUCGGGUUAAAACAGGGUCGGGUCACUUCGGAUAUCGAGUCAACUUCAGGUCGGAUCACUCGGGUAUCGGGUCAAUUUUGGUUCGGGUACAAUAAGGUCGAGUCAACUUCGGGUAUCGGAUCAAGUUCAGGUCAACUCCACUUCGGGUAUCUGGUAUCGGGUCAACUCCACUUCGGGUAUUGGGUAUCAAGUAUGUGUCGGAUUGGGUAAGUUUUGGGAUCGAGUCACGAGUCGGGUUAGGAUUACCAGAUCUAUGUGCUGGUGUAACCGAAACACAUGCAGUAAAAAGAAUACUCCAUAAGUUUGUAUGUAUAAUUUCAUUUAAGUAAAAAUCAAGUGAAUCAAACAAGUAUUAUAGUCGCGAAAAAAAAAAAACCACAUCGAAAAAAGAAAGAAAUUGUUACCGGCGGGCGAACCCUGGACCUCCGCUCCAACUCUCCAAGGCCUCCAACACAACCCUAACCUGUCCUUCUCUCUCUUCUUCUCUCUCUUUCAUCCUCCAUAGUCGUGGUCUUCCAAUGACCACGUCGCCAGAGGAGUCCGAACCCUUCUUUUUCUUCCCCAAAGUUACCCUCUUCUUCAUUUACUGAUCAUAUAAACUUGCACAAAACUUGGGAAAAUCUUCUUUCAUGGCUGACAUUUUGUGGGUUUAUCCAUCUUCAACCGAUGACUAAAAUGGUAAAGCUUUUCCAAACCCCAUCUCCAUUUCAUCUUCUUAAGAUUUAUUCUGUAUUGGGUUCUUUUCAUUUCCGUAGAUUUUCAUCAAAAUCUGGUGUUUCUUCUAUCAAAUCCGCUCUUUCUUCGCUGCAAAUUUCUAAUGAUACUUUAGUUUCUAGAGUUUGUGAAAUUUUGUCUGAUAAUCAAUGGUUACGUAGCUCCGAAUUGAUUCGAUUGAGCCCCAAAUUAACGCCCCGUCUUGUGGAAAGAAUUAUUCAUACCCAUUUGGAUACUGGAUCACUUUUACAGUUCUUUUAUUGGGUUUCUAAGAGACCCUCUUAUGAACAUGAUUUUAGUUGCUAUUUUUCUAUGUUAGAUAGGCUUAUUGUGGAUCAUCGUCGCCACGACGAUGCCCAACAUUUGAUAGUUUUGAGUAUUAGAGCUUGUAAGAAUGUGGAGGAGCUGAAAUGUGUUAUGGAUUUUUUGGUUGAUAUCAGGAAGAGGGGUUUUAAGAUUAGUAUGUAUAGUUAUAAUACCUUAUUGAUUGCAUUGGGUAAGUUUGACAUGGUCGGAGCUGCCUAUAAUGUGUAUAUGGAGAUGUUAUCGGAUGGAAUUAGCCCUAGUCUUUUCACAUUGAAUACUUUGAUCAAUAUGUUCUGUAAGAAGGGAAAGGUCGAGGAAGGCGAGCUUUUUUUAAGUAGGAUUUAUCAGUAUGGUAUGUGUCCGGAUGUUUUUACGUAUACCUCGUUGAUUCUUGGGCAUUGUAGAAACAAUAAUGUAGGUAAGGCCUUUGGGGUGUUUAAUUGGAUGUUGAAGAAGGGUUGUCAACCUGACUCGGUGACGUAUAACACUCUCAUCAAUGGGCUCUGUGAUGAGGGUAAGUUGGAUGAGGGUUUGAAGUUGAUUAAGGAAAUGGUUGAGAAAGGAAUUGAACCUACGGUUCAUACUUUCACUGUUCCAAUUGUCAAGCUGUGUGAGUGUGGGCAGGCAGAGAAAGCUUCCAGACUUUUGGGCGCAAUGACGAAAAGAGGCUGUCAACCUAAUGUUCAUACAUAUACAGCUCUUAUUAGUGGGUUUUCUCAUGUAGGGAGUCUGGAGGUUGCUCUUGGGUUAUACAACAAAAUGAUGAAAGUUGGUGUGGCUCCAGAUACUACUAUCUGUAAUGCAUUGAUUCAUGAAUUGUGUGUGGGAGGAAGGGUUGAACAAGGUUUGAAGAUUUUUGAUUGGAUGAAAGCGCAUGGCUUUCAUCCUAAUGUUCAUUCAUACACAGCUCUUAUUUUUGGGCUGUCACGUGCAAGGAAUCUGGAGGUGGCUGUUGUAUUAUGCAACAAAAUGAUGAAAGAUGCUGUGGCUCCAAGUAUUACUGCCUGUAACGCAUUGAUCCAUGAAUUUUGUGAUGGUGGAAGGAUUGAACAAGCAUUGAGAAUUUUUGACUGGAUGGAAGCCCAUGGCUCUCUGCGGAAUUCUCGUACCUACAAUGAAAUAAUACGGGGGUUGUGUUUGAGAGGUGCUUUGCAAGAAGCUAUGGUGCUUUUUGGUGAUAUGACUAGGGCUGGUCCUUCUCCUACUGUGGCAACAUACAACAUACUGAUUUAUGGUUACAUAUUGCAAAACAAGCUGGACCAUGCUGUGAGAUUAUUUGAUUUGAUGAGGGAGAGUGGAUGUGACCCUGAUGAAUACACUUACACUGAAAUGAUGCUUGGGUUCUGCAAAGGUGGGAAGUUGGAGCUAGCCUCUUCUCUCUUCCAUGAAAUGAUUGGACGAGGUUUGUGCCCAAAUGAAUAUACCUUUACCAUUCUCAUCGAUGGUCAUUGCAAGGCAGGACACAUAGAUGGAGCACAAGAGUUACUUGGUAAGAUGGAGGAGUUUGGUUGCUCUCCUACUACUGAGACCUUCAAUACCAUUAUAAGUGGAUUAGCAAAAGAAAAUAGAUUUGCAGAGGCAGAGAAUUUAUGCAGUAGGUUGUCUGACUAUGGAUUGUUGCCUAAUGUUGUCACCUACACAUCAUUGAUUGAUGGUCUUUGUCAACAUGGUGGGACAAAUCUUGCUUUCAAGGUGCUUCAUGAGAUGGAAAAGAAUAACUGCUAUCCGAACUUGCAUACUUAUAGUGUACUCAUUCAUGGGUUGUGCCAAGAAGGAAAAGUUAAUUGUGCAGAAGGUUUGUUCAAUGAAAUGCAAACUAAAGGGAUAUCCCCUGAUGUGGUGGCAUUUACUUCUCUUAUUGAUGGUUUUGUUAUGAUUGGUAGGCUAGAUCAUGCCUUUUUUCUACUCCGUAAGAUGUUGGAGUUGUUCAUCCAACCUAAUUACCGUACUUUCAGAGUGUUGCUGAAAGGUUUGCAGAAAGAAUCUCAUUUGAUGGUGAACAAGGUUGCAGUUCAGAAUGAUGUUUCCUAUAGUUUCCCUUCUGAUGCUAAUGACAUUGGAUCUGAAUUGAUCAGCCAACUAUUUGUCAAACUCUCAGAAAUUGAUGGUGAACCCACAGUUAGCACAUAUAGUACCCUAAUCGCUGGUUUAUUCAGAGAAGGCAAAUACAUCGAAGCAGAACUUUUGAUAAAGAAUAUGCAAGAGAAAGAAUUGCCUCUGAAUAAUGACAUCUAUAAUGUGCUAAUACUAAUUCAUUGUAAAAGAUCAAGAGUGGAGCCUGCUCUGGAUAUCAUAAAAACAUUGUCCAGUAGUGAGUUUGAGUCUCCAUUAUCUACUUAUGGCAUGAUUAUAUGUUCGUUGUGCAAGUUGAAUAAGGUGGAUGAAGCUGUAUCGCUGUUUCAGAACAUUCUUGAGAAAAAUUGGAAUUCUGAUGAGGUUGUUUGGAGUGUGCUGGUUGAUGGAUUACUAAAAGAAGGACUAGUGGUUCCAUGUGUGAAGCUCCUUCAAAUAAUUCAGUCCAGUAAACACACUGUCAGUCUGUACACUUGCAAGUUUGUGGCUGAAGAAAUGUCAAAAGUGGAUAGAUCUUUUAAAACUAAUCUGCUUGUUGACAGAGUGAUAGGCAGUAGGGAUAGUUUGCCUGGUUAAGCUUUUGCAUGUUCAUUGAGCAUGGACGUGUGCUUAAUGAAAUAACUUGGUCUUUUGCAAGUUAUUGAGACGGGGAUGGCUGUAUUUCGUCUAGUUCUCACCUUUCCAGCUCUCCUUUCCAGACAAGGACUCAACUUUUUUCCUGUCAGAGGUUGGUCACUCAUGGCCCUUGGCAUUAUGCAGCCAAAGGUCCAUAAUGAACUUUGGUUAAGUCUUUCUCCAUAUAUGGUUGGCUCAAGGAGGACAUAAUUAUUCUUUGCAAUUUACUUGUGAAAGCAUGUUCCACAUUUUUGUUGAUGGGCGUGGAAACUGAAGUAAAUUCAAUAGCUGUCUUUGAGGGCAUCUCUUGUGACCUUGGAAUUCAGAGAAGCAGCAUAUAAAAGGCUAACAGGUGCUUCUGUUCAGUUGGCUAAAUCAUCGGGACUGUGGCUCUGUGAAGGCUCAAGCGAUGUUGCGGGAUGUAACAAUUGCAUUUUCCAAAACUUGAAGCAAGUGUACAGACGUAUUUUGUGAUGUGACACUGAGUUGUCCCUUUAUAAUGUAUACGUAACCAGAUAAGUAUAAUACACUACAUUUUGUUAUAGGUGACCCAAUAUUCAUUGAUCUAGUUUCAUUCAUAAUUUUUUUACAGAAAGCAAUAAAAAUAGAGUAUCCAAUUUUGCUGACAGAACUUUGUGUAUACUUGUAUGCACUGUCAGAAAAACUACUUAGUCGGUUUUCUCAAGUCCAUGUUGGGUUGCAAGAACAUUGCCCAAACGAGUUAUGGAUUGGAUUAAUUUUGACAAAGAACAUGACUAUAACUGUGUUUGAAAACAUUGUUGGAUUGCUUCUGUUCUAAAUAAUCACAGCUAGUUUCAUGCAAGGUCAUAAAUCGAGGAUAUGUAACUGUGUAAUUUCUCAUGGAACAUUCUUCUGUAAAUGACCAUGGUAAUGGAUCUCCAGUACUAAAUAUAGUGUUUCUCUGCAUAUAAUUUCAAUACGUUACCAGUAAUUACCACCAAAGGGUAUGGUAUGAGUCAUAAUGAGUGGCUGUGAAAAACAAUAAAGAAAUAUGGUAUUGGAAAUUCAUUCUCAUGGAUGUUUACGUGGGCUUUUGUACAAAAGUUACAUAACUUUGUAUUAUAGUGUUUGAUUCAAUCUUGAUUUGUUAUAAUGCAUCCUCUUAAUAAAAAUACAUCUACUCUGAAUUGUUUUUCCUGUCUAGACUUUGAUUCAGUUUUGUACAAAACUAUGAAAGGUGCAUUGUGACAAAAAAUUCAGCAGACUGCAGUCUUUCUUCUAACAUUACAGGCCUAAAGGAUCCAGUAGAUUUUACACUAUGCAGUCGGAUACAUUAUGCUAUAUUGAUCUAAUCUAUAUUCUGGUGUUUUAAUUAAAGUUUAAGUUUUCUCCCCUGAAGUAGUAACUUAAUAGUGAAGGCAACAUUUGCUUAGGUCCCAAGCUCCCAACAUAGAUUGCUGCAGUUUUACCCUGUUUUUGUUAUGGAUGCAAGAAAUACAUCAUGCUCAAGGCAAAUAGCGCGAAUUACUGAUUGAAUCAUGCAAGACAAAAAUGACGUGAAUACUGCAAUGGGCGCUGGAAGAUUUAGAUUGGCCAGAGUUUUCAACAUUGUACUAUUAUUAUGGUUCACCAAAAGUUAUUGCAUAAUGUUGCAAAUACCUGUUGUACUAGUCUGAAUACUUUUACUACUUUGUUGUAACAGAGGAAUAAAAUAGUUAUGUUAAUUAAAAUCAUACCUAACUCAAAGAAAAAUGUUAGUCAAUGUUUUAACAAUCAA